UAUGAAGAUCUAAUUACGUCAGAUUAUUCUGAAACUAUCCUUUUCUCAGUGGUAUUCAUCAUCUGCUUUAUUGGAAUCCCAUUAAACGGGAUUGUUAUCUGGCUACUUGGCUUCCAAAUUAAGAGAAAUCCUUUCACAGUGUUGAUUCUUAAUUUAGCAAUUGCCGACGUUGGGUUUCUCGUAUUUAUGAGUCUACUUUGCAUUGAUUUUUUUAUAGAUUUUAUAGAGUAUGGAAUUCCCAGGAAAGUUAUCUUUCUUCUCCUCAAAGCUACCUAUAUCAAUGGUCUCUUUCUUCUGACAGCCAUCAGCAUUGACCGGUGUGUUGCUGUCCUCUUCCCAAUUUGGCAUCGUUGCUCCCGGCCCAAAUAUUUGUCGUCUGCUGUCUGUGCCUUCCUCUGGAUCUUCUCUUCCGUACUAAUUGGAAUACAUCACAUUAUGCAGUAUUUCUUUUGGAAUAUCCCUUUGGUUGUGACUGCUGUGCUUUGCCUUCCGUUGAUCACAAUCUCUACCAUGAUCCUAUUCAUCAAAAUAUGUCUUAAAUCCAAACAAAUCAAACGUGGAAGACUUUUAGUGAUGAUCUUAAUUACUCUUCUCUGUUUCCUUAUUCUAACUCUUCCUUUAUAUAUCUACGUGUUCAUUACUCAUUUUCUUAACAAGAAUGAUUUGUUUGGUAUUCAUGAACUGGAUUUCUACUUACGUCCGAGUGCUUCCCUGAACAGCAGCAUUAAUCCAGUGAUCUAUUUCCUGGUUGGGAGAAAGAAACGAGCUCGGACCAGGGAGAGCAUCAAGGUCGUUUUUCAAAGAAUCUUCAGAGAAGACGAAGCUCCUGAGAUCUGAUAAAAGUGUACAAGCACAAUUUCAAACCCUCUUUAAAAGCAAUAUUUUAGCUUUUCUUUAAUUCUGGAUACCUUUUAUGAAUAAAAAACUGUA